AUGCAAAAAGGAAAUACAACUGGCAUCUCUGAAUUCCUCCUCCUGGGACUCUCUGAACAACCAAAUCAUCAGUUGAUUCUCUUUGGGAUAUUCCUGACCAUGUACCUAGUCACCAUAUUGGGGAAUCUGCUCAUCAUCCUGGCCAUUGCCUCAAAUUCCCAUCUCCACUCCCCAAUGUAUUUCUUCCUGGCCAACCUCUCAUUGGUUGAUACCUGUUUUACCUCCACUACAGUCCCCAAGAUGCUAUUGAACAUCUGGACCCACCGCCAAAACAUCUCCUAUGCUGGGUGCCUCACUCAAAUGUACUUCUUCAUGGCCUUUGCUCUUUUAGAUGAUUUCCUCCUUGCUGCCAUGGCUUAUGACCGCUAUGUGGCCAUUUGCCUCCCUCUCCACUACACCACAGUCAUGAGCCCUACACGCUGUGUGCUUCUGGUGACCAUAUCCUGGCUCUGCUCCCACCUCAUUGCCCUCUCCCUCACUCUUUUCAUGGCUCAGUUCUCUUUCUGUGGAUCCUAUGUGAUCCCCCAUUUCUUCUGUGACCUCCUACCCCUUCUCAAACUUUCUUGUUCAGACACUAGCAUCUUUCAGGUAGUAAUGUUCAUUGAUGCCAGCUUGGCUGGUUUCAUCCCAUUUGCAUGCAUUUUGUUCUCCUAUGUACACAUUAUCCUCACUAUAUUCAGGGUACCUUCUGAUGAUGGGAAACACAAAGUUUUCUCCACAUGUGGCUCCCAUCUUUCAAUGGUCAUUCUCUUCUAUGGGACUCUCAUUCUGGUAUAUUUACAGCCCUCAUCCUCCUACUCAGCAGAGACAGGAAUCAUUGCCUCAGUGAUGUACACAGUGGUGACUCCCAUGAUGAACCCAUUCAUCUACAGCCUGAGGAAUAAGGACAUGAAGAGGGCCCUAAGGAAGUUGCUCAGCAAGGGAAUGACUCCCUCUUGGUGA